CUUGGCCAAUCCUCCCUCCUUUCUACCUGAAAAAUCCAUUUCCCGACCCAAAUUCAGGUAGAAAAUAUGGCAACCGUCACGACUCAGGCAUCCGCCGUCUACCGGCCACAAAUCUCGUCGAGGUUCCUUACCGGCUCUUCCGGCAAGUUAACUAGGGAAGUGGCUUUUAGGCCUGUGACAUCUCCUUCUACUAGCUCUCUUAAAGUUGAGGCCAAGAAGGGUGAGUGGUUACCUGGCUUGCCAUCACCGGCUUACCUAACUGGCAGUCUUCCUGGUGACAAUGGUUUUGAUCCUUUGGCACUUGCUGAGGACCCAGAGAACUUGAAGUGGUUUGUCCAAGCUGAGCUUGUGAACGGUCGAUGGGCUAUGUUGGGUGUAGCAGGGAUGCUAUUGCCAGAAGUCUUGACAAGCACUGGGAUCAUUAACGUUCCGAAAUGGUACGAUGCCGGCAAAGCUGAGUACUUUGCUUCUUCAUCCACCCUCUUUGUGAUCGAGUUCAUCUUGUUCCACUAUGUCGAGAUCAGACGGUGGCAAGACAUCAAGAACCCAGGAAGUGUUAACCAAGACCCCAUCUUCAAGCAAUACAGCUUGCCUCCAAAUGAUGUAGGUUACCCUGGUGGCAUCUUCAACCCUCUCAACUUCGCACCAACUGAGGAGGCCAAGGAGAAGGAAAUCGCCAACGGGAGACUGGCAAUGUUGGCAUUCCUGGGAUUUGUGGUUCAACACAAUGUGACUGGCAAAGGACCCUUUGACAACCUAGUGCAGCAUCUUUCUGACCCAUGGCACAACACCAUUGUUCAAACACUAAGUGGCAACUAGAUCCAUCAAAAGGAAGCAAGAAAUGGAGAAAACCUGUGUUCAUUUGUUUUGUAACAAUGAUGUAAUAUGGCUUUUGAGAGAUGAACUGUGAUUGAGCAUCAAUGUAGACAAGGUUUUACCAGUGUACAGGAACCAUCAAGGCAAUAUGUCAUUAUAUUAUCAUU